GACAAUAGCGAGAUAGUAGACUCGCUAGUCCGAGUCCUAAUAUCAGAAUAAUGGUUGUCACCACCAUUAAUCAUAUAAGAAUGGGGGUUCACACCAGGGAUGUGCGCAAGAUUAUUGAGUUAGAGGUGCAGUGGGGGAGGUUAAAUGUUAAAUCGUCGGAGAGUAGGUUACCAGGGAAGGGGCCAGGGAUGUGCGUAGGCUCACGAAUCAGAUGGGAUAAUGCCACAUUUUUCUGGUUUAAAUGAAUUUGUUUUUUUUUUUAUCAUUUGGUUAAUUUUAAAUAAAUGGCGGGUAUUAUUUUUUAAAUUUUACUUAAGUAUAUUAUUAUUUUGUUAAUGUCUUCAUACACGUGGCAUCUAUGUUAACUAUGUUUGGUGAAUAUAGGUUUAGAUCAUCUUCGAGAUAUGAUGAAGAGAUUAGAGAACCCCUUUGGAUUUAGUUUGGAGAAACUUAUUCUUUACUCCAAACAUAUCCAAGAGUGAUGUUGCCUUCACAGUAUUCCUCUUUUGGAGAAUAUGGAAAGGUCGAUGCAAGGCCACCUAUGGUCAUAUUUUAUACCAAGCGCAGCUCAUGUGGAGUAAUGGGAUAUGACAGAGGUACAAAAGGUUCAGAAGUCUCAAGGAGUGCAAAGGCAAACAUCGCGUUCUUCCACAAGACAAGGUUCUCAGUGCAGGUAUUUUGGUCCGCUUUAAUGGGGCCACAAAAGCACAUCAAGGUUGUGCAACUGGAUUUGUCGGCUUCACAGAGAUUCCCAACUAGUCAUCACUGAUGCUACUUAAAGGAGGUUUUCACACUGCAGAGCAGGAGGUGUCUUAGAGGAAGUCCACUCUCUUUCCUCUUCCUUUGAGCCAGUCUCGUGUCUUUUCGCUCUUUGGAGCUUCAACAUAGUUUCCCAUUUCGUGGCAAAACAAGCUCUCUUAUUGGGAGUUUGGUUGCUUACGGACUACCGUUCUUUAUUAUUAUUAUUAUUAUUAUUAUUAUUAUUAUCUUAUUUUUCAUUUGUAUUCCAGCAAUACCCCGGGGGCUUAUCUUGGUAAAAUUUUUGGUGAUUUGUCAACGAAAAUGGUUUUGACUGUCAAAUUUGACGGUCAACCCACGAGUUUUGACCAAAUUAGUUUAGAUGGUGCAUAGUUUAGGCUAGGAUUGAAAUUAUAGAAAUCACAACCCUAAUAGUCUAUUUGUGUAAAGUUCAGGUUAGUUUAAGAUAUUAACCAAUUUUUAAUAAUGUCAAUGAGUCUCCACCUUUUAAAAGUUUUUUAGUAGGGUGUACUGUACUUUCUAUCAAAUUCAAAACUAAGAAAAGUGACAUGAAAGU